CGGGGCCGCCGCUGUGGGCUCCGCCUCGCACCGCUGCACCUCAGCGAGUCUCUCACGGAACGGCCGAGCCGGCGCCUCGGUAGGAAAGGGAGAGCUUGAGGCGCCGAGCCCGCUGGAGGACACCCGGCGCUGAUGGAAACCUACAGGGCUGGCGUGGGGAGCACCUGCAGCGCCGUCGGAUUCCCGGGCUGAGUCCAGAGGUGAUGCUGUGAGCACAUGAACAGUGUGAGAAGACUCUUGGCUGCUUCUGUAAUUUCUGUCCAGAAUUCCUGCUUCAUCUACCCUGCCUGUCAGAAAUGCUUUUCCAGGCUGGUAGUGGAUUCUCAGAGAUUUUACUGUCUAAAAUGUGGCUGCAGGGGUGAGGCUGAAGAUGUACAUUACAGAUACAGAUUGUCCCUAAGGGUUGCUGACACUCGAGACUUGUUUGACAUCACCGUGUUUGGAAGUUGUUUAGAUCCCUUCUUUGGAGUCACCGCAGAAAAUCUGCACAGGUGUAUUCAAGACUUGAAUCAGCUGUCAGGAGAAACAGACACAGAUGCAUCUCCAGGAGUGUUAGUUCAAGCAGUGGAAACCUGUUUCAUUGGAAAAAGAUUUAUAUUUGGAGUGAAGGGUUGUGCAAGUGAAGAUGGAGGGCAUUCUGCUGUCAGCAGCAUCUUCCAGGACUGUUCCAGAGUGAAUAGAAGUACAAAAAGCCUUACAGCUUGCCAGAUCUUCCUGCCAAACGCUACUGUUACCGGCGUUACUGUCAUCAGCUACUUCCACCGGCUCCUGCAGUCGACAAAACUCAGGAGCUCUACUAACAGCUCACACUUCCCUGGUGCAUCUUCAGCUCCAAUCAGUCAACCUGUCAGUGAGCUCAGCAGUUUGUCCAGCUUGAGCAGAAGCUCCUGUCUUGUUCAGUCCAGUGGCAGAGAAAGCUUUUUGGAGUCCUGGCAGCAGUCCUUGAGCCUGACUUCAGCUGUUGCUUGGGUAACGGCAGAAGACUUUCCCACUCUGGAAGAGGGAAAGCUGGUGAGUGAACAGCAUGAGCAAGAGGGGAGGCCUGUCUCUGCAAAAUCAGGCAGUAUAAGCCUCAACCAUCAAACACUUUGGGAUUCACAAUUUUGCAGCUCUCCUGUGAAGGAAAGGGAUAAAAAGGAGGGUAAUGAGUUGAGUUCACAGCCAAGUCAGACUGACAGUAUCUCAGCAACUCCCAAGUCAGACAGAGUAUCCUCUUCAAAGACUGAGUGUUCACAUGGUUGUUCCAGGUUGUUCCAACAUCCCUUGGAAUCUGGGAUCAAAAACAUUUACCCAAAGACUAGCAGUAGAAAUUAUUCUUGCUCAGAAAAAUGCUACAACUCCUCUUUCUACAAGAGAGAUGCCUCAGCAUCUAAUCAUCUAAACAUAGCUGGAGUGUCUCAGACAGACUCUGUGCUGUGGGAUGAGCUCCCAUUCUCAGAAAGCCUAAAUGCAUUUUUAGCCAGAAUAGAAGAUGGUGAGAGUGACACAUGGUCAGCCAGCCCUGAUGCAGGCAAACAGGCCCUUCCUGAAAGCAGCAAGGUGGGUGGAAACCUUAAAUCCUUAAGGCAAACCCUGGGGGCUGGUGACUUGCCUGAAGCCACUGUCUCUGGCAGCCUCUUGCCACCAGCAGAGGAUGAUAGCUGGGAGAAUGUACUGUUUGCUUGUCUUCAGUCAAAUACAGGUCCUCUGAGUGGUGGUGAGGUAUCACACUGUGAGUCUUCCUCCAGUGUUUUAUCUUCAGCUGACAAGGAGUAUGGAGCAUCUUGCUUUAUCCCUAACCCUCCUCUACCUAUUCUAUCACAGUCCUUGCCAGAUACAUCAGAGCCAUCUGUUUCUGAGAGCUGCUUUGGCCAGGCCAGAGAAGCAGCUAUUGACAUUUCAAAGGCAGCUCGGUCUUUUAUUAGUUUGCAGUGUACUACUGAACAUGGAGAAACUUCCUGUUCAAAGAGGAGCAAGGCAGCCACCUGUGUGCAUUCUGCACAUGAGAGCUGUUCAGCUCAUGGGGAAAAUAAAGAAAACUCCUCUACGCUGAGCCAAAGAACAGAUCUUACAUUCCCAGGGGCAUGGGAUUGUGAUCCUGCAACUCCCAACAAUACAAAGAUAUCUAAAAGAGAAUUAAAACCAUUGACAGAACUGUCAGAAAAUACCUUCAAAAGUGUUAACAAGAGGGAGAUGCUGUGGAACAGUGUCUUCCCUGAGGGCAGCUACGAUGCUUCUGCUGAUCUCUUUGAUGCAAGUGCAAGAGAGGUGACAAAACCUGUGCAGUUCUUAAACAAAUCCUGUAAUUCUUUAAUUCAGGAAGAUACUUUGACAGAAAAGGUCACGGCUUCUGAGAUGGUGCUUUGUCCUGGAGAUGUCCUCUGUAACAGUUCAAAACUGAGCUCAGUCCUACGCAUGUCCCCUCCUGCCUUCAGCACAAGAGGGGACAUGUGUGGCCACAGCACACCAGUAACUCACUCCUGUGACUCGGAAUGCAGCUCAAUCACUGCUCAAGACUUUGUUCCUUACUCACAGUCAACUCCUAUGAUGAAACCUCUCCAGAAGCUCUGGGCUUUUGGGGAAAGAAAAUCCUCUGUCACUAUCUUCACCCCUAAAAACCCCACUAAGCUGCAUUGCACACGCAAGCGAUCCAGGGCUUCCUUCCAAAACACUCUGCUGCAGCAGCUCAUGGGCAGGCUGCUGAAACGGGGAAGGCUGAGUAGCAGGGAAGAGAGAGAAGGCUAUAGGUUGGAGCAGUUCCUUCACAGACAGACUCCUGCCACCUGCGAGGAGUGGAUCCCUCCCUCUGCAAACAAAAGGUUGAAAUCAACUGCAUCUUUAAACUUAAAACCAUCUGUGUGGGCCGUUGGCUCACAACUGACCUGUGGGCACACUGGUGGGAGGCCCAGGGCGGAGGGCAGAGGGGACAGUGAGGGUGAGGUGUGCUUCCAAAAUGAGAGCCUAAACCCUGGGGAUGCAACCAGGGCUCCAACAACUCCCCUGGCUGCAUGUGGCACCAAGGACUUGUUUUUAGAUGAUACAGUUCUGGAACCUUGUUCUUCAGAAGGCAGGAAUUUGCUCUCAAGUGCAAGUGAUCCGGGGGGUGUAUUGCAAGGGGCAGCUGGCUGGUCUCCUGAGUUGUUCUUCCAAACACGUCCCUUUUUGUGAUAAACCAAAAUACUAAAAAUUGCUGUUUCUGUGCUGUGUUCAUUUAAAUUAUUGUACAAACUUUUGGGAAGGAGCCAGUAGGAGAAAAGAGCUAUUUAACAAAUUGUUUAUGCACCUAUUGGCAUAUUUCUUCCUUAGAUGAAUUAUGUGUCUUUGCAGAUCUUUGUACCACAGAGAUGUGGAGAAACCAGAAUUUGCAGUUAUUGUAUUUUACUGUAAAUGAACUCUGGAAAGUGCAAUA